AUCAAUUUAUCGACGUUAGGCCCAGCCCUAGCGAAAUAUUAGAAUUGUUAGAAUAUUUACCGGAUUCCAUUUGUUUGCAGUAAGAAGUAGGAAGUAAAUUAAUAAAAGUGGCUGUAUUCCGCCAAGAGCUAAAUUCCACGUGACCAAAUUGAGAUACACCCCGCCCGGCUGGCGCCUUCGAUGUGAUUGCAAGAACCAAGCCCAGGAACCAGCUGGCUGUGUAACUCCGAAGAUUGAGACGUAAAUUGCACUCGCAAAUUGCAGUUGCACUUGCAGUUAACAGUCAAAGCACACAAGUAACGCAACAGAUCCGCAAGAUGCAAAACAACCCGAGUCCACAGCUGCCCUGCAAGGGCAUUCUUAAAACCUCGCGUAGUUUCGACAAGUCGGGAGCCAGUUUUCGUAAAAGUGCCAAGUUCGAUGAGCUGAACGUAAUGCAGACCUUCCAUCCGGCCGACAAGGACUACGGACAUAUGAAAAUCGAUGAGCCCAAAACACCUUACAACUACACGGAGGCCUACGAGGACAACAGGGACGAACUGGACACGGAGCUGCUGGUGGAGAAACUCCGCAUAGCGGCCAACACACAACAGUCGACGGAAAGCAUUGAGGACGAGGGCUCCUCCGGCGACGACCAGCCACUGAGCGAAGAGGAGCGACAACGACGGCGCGAAUUUGAGCGACGUCGCAAGGCCCACUAUCGCGAGUUCGAGGCCGUCAAGCUGGCACGGAAGCUGAUCCAGGAGGAGGACGACGACGACGAGGACGAGGACAAGGGCGCGGAUAGCCGGCCAUCCGGCUCCGCACAGGGCGCUUCCACCUCCGGCCGCUUUGCGAGCAGUUCGGCGAAAAAGUCGAACGCCGACUCGGCCACUUCCUCGUCUACCAGCGCCGGUCACAACAUGGAUCUGGAGCCAUCGAACAACUAGAAGCAAUAUAUAUCAACCCAUCAAUCAAUCACUAAUGUUUACCUAGCGGACAAUGGACGGUUCCGAGGGCAGCUCAUCCAAACAAUGACCUAACGAAAUUAUAUAUCAAGUGCUGUGCGAGCGCGGAGUGAGAAGUGGAUGCUGAUUAGUGGAGGAGUGGCGAGUGGAGCACUCGUGAUUAAUUGAGUUUACCCAACUAAACACGAAUAUCAAACCGUCACCAAGGAGGUUUGUCAUCGAGUGAUGCACACAGUCGAUUAGGCCGAUGGCAUUACUCGCUGCAAAUUGUUUUACCAACACCAUUUGUGCACCUGAUCGAAGAAUCUGAUUGUACGACAGCAAAUAUAAUUACCCGUAUGCGUCUCAGCCGUAGCGUACUGUUGCAAAUGUA